ACUCUUGCCAGCCCCGAUGUCCAGAGGGCAGUCUGGAUGAUCUGAAUGCACCAGGACCCUCAUGCUCACCUGCAAGACACUAGAAAUGCAUGAAGGGACAGCAUUUGCUUGCCUCUGUCCGCAGCAGCCCUGCUGAAUAACUGAGGAGACCUACGGAGCAAUCACCAUGAGUAUCUCAGCUCUCGGAGGCAGCACCAAAGGGAAGCCUCUGCCACCUGGUGAGGAGGAGCGCAAUAACGUCCUCAAGCAGAUGAAGGUGCGGACCACGCUGAAGGGGGACAAGAGCUGGAUCACCAAGCAGGACGAAUCGGAGGGCCGCACCAUAGAGCUGCCCUCAGGCCGGAGUCGCACCACUUCCUUCUCAUCCUCUGGGGAGGUUCCGAAGUCCAGGCCUCCGAGCACCAGGGCUCCCACUGGCUACAUCAUCCGGGGAGUGUUCACCAAGCCUAUAGACAGCUCUUCCCAGCCCCAGCAGCAGUUCCCCAAGGCCAAUGGGACUACGAAAAGUGCUGCCAGUCCGGUGAGAACAGCUAACACGGGUCCUCCCCACCCUUCCUCCUCUGGCUACAAGAUGACCACUGAGGAUUACAAGAAGCUGGCACCCUACAAUGUCAGGUGCAGCUCUACAUCAGGGGACAUCGAGGAGGAGGAGGAGGUGCCUUUCUUGUCAGAUGAACAGAAACGGAGGUCACAGGCUGCGAGCAGUGUUGUGAGGAGGACAGCUCCCCGGGAGCACUCGUACGUGCUGUCAGCAGCCAAGAAGAGCACGGGUACUCCUACACAGGAGACACAGGCUCCGUUUAUUGCAAAGAGGGUGGAGGUGGUGGAAGAGGACGGGCCUUCAGAGAAGAGCCGCAGCCCACCUGCUCUGGCAAGAUCUACCCCUAGCUCAAACAGUGCGGAUGGAGGCAGGACCAAAGCAUCUCGGGCAAUUUGGAUCGAGUGCCUGCCGAGCAUGCCUAGUCCCACUGGGAGUCAGAGGCUCAGCUCCAGAGGUGAGGAAAUUGUCCGCCUGCAGAUCCUGACACCCAGGGCAGGACUCCGCCUAGUGGCCCCAGACCUGGAAGGCAUGAGGUCUUCCCCAGGCCACAAAGACAAGGAGGCUCCCUGCUCCAGAGAACUCCAGAGGGAACUGGCUGACGAGGAGGCCUUCAGGGGCCCCAACACAGAUGAUGAAAGGUCAAGUGCACAGUUGAGUGAUGGCAAUGUGGGAUCCGGAGCCCCAGGCUCCCGGCCUGAAGGCGUGGCUGCAGUAGACAUCGGCUCCAAGACAGGAAGCUCCAGUGCCGCUUCAGUCUCUGCUGUCCCUGCUGAUAGGAAGAGCAACAGCACAGCAGCCCUGGAGAAUGCAAAGGCAGACCCAAAGGGUGUCUUGGCUGAUUAUGAGGAGAAGAAUGUAGCCACCAAGGCCAGAGAGACCUGGCAGGAGAGCCCUGGAGCCCCAGGAGGUGGCCAAGGAGACCCAGCUGUACCCACUCAGCAACCUACAGAUCCCAGCACCCCAGAGCGGCAGAGCAGCCCCAGUGGAUGUGAGCAACUCGUUGGACAAGAGAGCUGCGCCAGCAGUGUGUUGGCUGAUUAUGAGGUGAAGAAUAUGGCCACCGAGGUCGGAGAGGCCUGGCAGGACAUGCCUGGAGCCCCAGGAGGUGGUCAAGAAGACCCAGCUGUACACACUCAGCAACCAGCAGAACCUAGCACCCCAGAACGGCAGAGCAGCCCCAGCGGAUCUGAGCAACUCGUCAGACAAGAGACCUGCACCAGCAGGGUGAGAAGCCCCCCAAGCUGCAUGGUCACCGUUACUGUCACUGCCACUUCUGAGCAGCCUCACAGUUAUAUUCCAGCCCCGCCAAGUGAAUUGGACUCCAGCUCCGCCACCAAAGGGAUUCUCUUCGUGAAGGAGUAUGUGAAUGCUAGUGAAGUGUCUUCUGGGAAGCCAGCAUCUACACGCUAUAGCAGUGUCAGCAGCAUUGAGGACACAUUCGACGUAGAGAAGAAGCCCCCAUACGUCAGAACUCCAUACUCUGAGAGGACAACUGGAGGGAUCUGUACUUACUGCAACCAUGAGAUCCGAGACUGCCCAAAGAUUACCCUAGAACAUCUUGGCAUCUGCUGCCAUGAAUAUUGCUUUAAGUGUGGGAUUUGCAGUAAACCAAUGGGUGAUCUCCUGGAUCAAAUCUUCAUUCACCGUGACACCAUUCACUGUGGGAAAUGCUAUGAGAAGCUCUUCUAGCCCCACCCCAGGCUGAUCAGAAGCUGAUGACUCCUGGACAAGUUUGACUGUCCCCAGUUUUGCCCCAAGUUGCUGGCUCCCCUUCCCUGUUUGAUUUCUUCGUGCUUUUGCCCUUCUCAAGUUGAAGUCUUAUCUUAAAGAUGCUAGAUAAUUGCUUGUGUGUGGAGCUUCUCAUAGGUUAGAAAGCACUUUACAUCCAUGAUCUCAUUUUAGGUUCAACAAAAGAGGAUCAAACAAGAAUUCCAUGUUGCCUUCCCUAAGACAGAUUGGCUUUCUAAUGAGUUUAGGUGAGCAGAAGUAUAGGGUUCAGUAUGUCCUGACUCCCUUGAAGCUUCUGAGGGGCCAAGUUGAAGACUAUUGAUGAUCCCUUGUGGGUGAAUUGCAGACAUUGAAUGCUAGGGAUUGGCAUAGGCUAGUGUUUAGCUUGUCUGUUUGCCAUAUCUAUUUUUUUAAAAUUUCCAUACACUUUAAAAAGUAGUUAGCUGCUUUUGUUGGGUUAUAUAGCAGUGUUUCAUUUUGUCUUCCACCCACCUUUCACUAUAUUUGAGUUUUCCCCUGCUGGUAUGUUGGCAUGUAUUGGAAAGUUUACACGAUUAGGUUUAAUUCAGUAGGAUGUGAUUUUAGGAGGCUACUGACCAAAGUGAUAUCUGUGUCUGUUGAAAUCUUGAUAGCUGAUUAACUUGCCUUCAAUUCUGCUCCCUGAACUUCACACAGAAAUCCUCCCAGGUGGGUUUUAGGGUGUAUAGAUCCCAGCAGGAUUAAGGAGGGGAAAAGCAGCUAACAUUUCUCGAGGCUCUACCACAUACCAGGCACUAUCACAAAGUGAUGGCAUUAGUUCCCAUAAUAAUCCCGUGAAGGCGACAUUCCCGUCCCCAUCUUAGAGAUGAGGAUAUUGGAACUCGUAGAGGUGUUCAUUACAUUGUGCAGAACUCUACAGAGCCCGUGCUCUUCCCAGAGCAGCACCCACCAAAGCAAGCAUUGAUUUUGUGCUGAGUGUGUGCCAAGCACUGUGCAGGGGGUACAUAGUUCCUGCCAGGUUUAUACCCUCCCUUCAGGCCUCCCUAAGAGCGGAAGGUGUGAAAUCACACUCUGCCUUUGGGCAUUCUGGAUCCCUGAAUGAUCUCCACCCCUCCUCCGUGAAGUACUUCAAGGGCCAAGCUGUCUCUUUCCCUCCCCUCUGCCCAUGAAAAUGCCUGCAAACUGAGAUGCUUUCAGCUGAGAACAGAUUUGGCUCACAGAUAUUACCAAAGAGGAGCUUGUGAAUCCAGGAAAAGCUCCAGGGGGCUAGCUGAUCUGAGCAGAGAGCAUUCAGUGACCCAUUUUCCAGUUAAGACUCUGCCUCAAGCUACUGACAACUGCUGGAGCCCCAGGUACUUGGGACAUGGAAACUCGUUGGAUGGCUGGGCAGAUACAAGCCUGUUCAUGUAGCCAGCUGACCCUCUGCUCAGGUUCAGCUGGACUCUGCCACAUUUGGGCCCAGCAUCACUUAGUAAGUUCCUUGAAAGGAAGAACAACCUUAGAAUAUUUCUGUUACAAAAUGAGGGCGUCUUCUCUUGAUUUAAUUAUAAAAGGUCUCCAUCUUUCUCCAGCUUCUGAGCCCUAUGCACAUUGGCUUGUGGACUUGUUCUUCCUGGCAAAUGAUCACAGAGGAACACUCCAUUUAUUUGCAUUGGAUUUUCCUCUGGAGAGCAUGUACCUACACUAAAUACCAACUGCUCUCCCUCAGCUGUAGUCCCCAGCAUCAAACUUGGCACAUGGUGUAUACUAACACACAGCUACUCAAUGCAUGAGUGAAGGAAAGAAAUGUCACCCCCUUGGUGAGAGGUGCUAUCCCUGAGUCUUAUUGCAGGCCCAGGGGAUGGAAUGCAAGGUAAAGAGGCCCAAGAAAGGCUGGCUUCCUCACUUCAAGGUAUAAUCUGCCUUUAAGGGAGUUUUAGAACAAACAUGCAAGAUAAUGAAAGAACUGUUGCAAAAGCAUUAUUGAUUUUGAUCCAAAACAGCUUCUUUCAUGUCUAAAAAGGCACAGAAUUUUGCAGAUCUAAGGAAGAGGGAUGGUUGCAUUACAUUUUGCUUCUUUUUUAUUGCUUAGUGUUUCUAAUCAUACUUAAUCCACAAUAAUGUACACAAUUAUAAUAAAUGGUAAGAUACUACAUGUGUCAGCA